AUGGUACACUCGAUCCACACGUCGCAAGUCCGAGCCCGGCACACACCCACUGACCAACCAGACAUCGAAGACAUCAUCAAGAAGACAUCCCAAUUGAAGAUCGUUGAUAAGAAGAAGUAUGAUUGGAAACACAUCGUUACUAGCAUUGUACUUCCGCUAAUGUUAACUGCGGUCUCGGCUUUCAUUCGGCUUUACAAAAUAGAAGCUAACCCGAAAGUUGUCUGGGAUGAGGCUCAUUUCGGUAAGUUUGGAUCCCAUUACAUUCAGCAUUCCUUCUACUUUGAUGUCCAUCCUCCCCUUGGGAAACUAUUGGUGGCGUUGCUGGGGUAUUUAUGCGGUUACAACGGAGACUUUGACUUUGGCAGCGGUCAAACGUAUCCUGAUGAAGUCAAUUACGUCAUGAUGAGAUGCUUCAACUGCUUAUUUGGUAUAUUAUGUACUCCCUUAGCUUAUAAGACAGCUGUUCAAUCUGGAUUUCUGACUUGGAGCGUGAUGCUCAUAACGUUACUGGUUGUAUUCGAGAUGCUUAGCUUGACGUUAUCCAAGUUUAUUUUGCUUGACUCGAUGCUCCUUUUCUUCACGGUAUUGACUUACUAUUGUUUGGUCAAUUAUCAUCGUUUACGUUUAGAAGACAAGCUUUUGAAAUGGGAGGGCAUCAAAUGGUUACUUUUAACGGGAUUUUCAGUCGGCUGUGUAUGUUCUGUGAAAUGGGUAGGAGUGUUUGUCACUGCCAUUGUGGGGUUCUAUACCAUUUACGAUCUUGUAUUGAAAUUUUACCAAUUAUCUUCAUUGAAGGUUGGCAAGAAGAAAUAUAAGACAAGAGAAUUGACCAAGACUGCUUACUUAUUGCAUUGGCUUUUACGAGUGUUUGCUUUGAUUGUUAUACCCAUAGUCAUUUACAUGACGUCAUUCUUCAUUCAUUUCACCAUCCUAUCGAAAACAGGUCCAGGAGAUGGUUCUAUUUCAACGCUAUUACAAGCGAAUCUUGAAGGGAACACUUUAAAACAUGGACCUCGGGAUGUGAGUUUUGGUUCCUCCAUUACGCUUAGAUCCCAAGGUUUAUCACCGAAUUUAUUACAUUCUCAUCACCACAAUUACCCUGAAGGGUCCUUACAACAGCAGAUCACUACUUAUGGUCAUAAAGAUGAAAAUAAUGAGUUUCAAGUCGAAUUUGAAUGGAGUAAAGGCAUACUUGAUACAAAAAAUAUGAGUGUUCGUAAUGGUGAUACCAUAAGACUCUUGCAUUCCCAAACUGGAUGUCUUUUGCAUUCCCAUUUGAUCCCAGCUAUCAUCCUGAGUUCACACUACGAAGUCUCCUGCUAUGCUAACUUGGACAACAGUGACUCCAAAGACGACUGGAUCAUUGAGUUCCAGGAACAACUUGAAUCUCCAGACCCAGAUUUUAACAGUGAAGACCCAAACGUCUUACACCCAAUCUCCACCAGUUUCCGGUUAAAACAUAAAGUUCUUGGGUGUUAUCUUGCUACUACAGGAUUGGCAUACCCCUCUUGGGGGUUUCAACAAGGUGAAGUCAUUUGUAAACGGGCUUUACUUACCAAGGAUAAAUCUACUUGGUGGAACAUUGAAGAUCACGUGAACACCCAAAUGGAUUUACCACUAAAGAACUUUGUUGCACCCAAACCAAGGUUCUGGAAGGAGUUCAUUAUGAUUAAUUAUGCCAUGAUGGCUUCCAAUAAUGCCCUAGUACCUGAUCCAGAUAAGUUUGACCGGUUAAGUUCUCAAUGGUGGCAGUGGCCCAUCUUAGAGCUUGGAUUAAGAAUGUGUUCUUGGGCUUCAGAUGAUAUUCGAUACUUUUUAAUGGGGAACCCUUUCGUCACGUGGGUGUCGACUGCAACAUUAGCCAUAUUUCUUGUCUUGGUUGUUCCAAUUAAAUUGAUACUUUGGAGAAGACAAGUGGUUGAGUUUGAUAUUAUGGGCGCUCAAGUUAACAAGUUUCUUAUUGGAGGGUUGAUCCCCUUCAUAGCUUGGUUCUGUCAUUAUUGGCCGUUUAUUCAAAUGGCUAGAGUCACUUAUUUGCAUCAUUAUGUCCCAGCAUUAUACUUUGCCAUAAUUGUCAUGGCAUAUGUGAUGGAAACAAUGUUUUAUGAACCUUUUAAACAGACAAAAUACUCUGUGGUUUAUGUGGUGAUGUAUUUGAUGGCAUAUGUUGGGGUCAUUGGUACGUUCUGGUACUUUAAAGACUUUGCACUUGGUAUGACAGGACCUACAAGAAAUUAUCAUCAUUUAAGGCUUUUGAAAUCAUGGGCUGUUUAA